UGUCAAGUGACACCGAACAUUUACAUUAUCCACCUGGUUACAAAUGGUGUGGGUUUUUAUCAUGAAUCGCAUGAGCUCCCAGAGCAGUUCAUCCACUCAACGUAGGAGAAUGGCUCUCGGGAUUGUCAUACUUCUCCUUGUUGAUGUGAUAUGGGUUGCCUCAUCAGAGCUUACAUCGUAUGUUUUUGCGACAUACAACAAACCUUUUUUCAGUACCUUUGCAAAAACAUCCAUGUUUGUUCUAUACCUCUUGGGAUUUAUUGUUUGGAAACCAUGGAGGCAACAAUGCACACGUGGAUUUCGUGGAAGGCACACGGCUUUUUUUGCAGAUGCUGAAAGUUAUUUUGCUGCUUGUGCAACAGACAACACUGUAAAGAGUUCUUUGAGUGAACCUUUAUAUGUUCCUGUAAAGUUUCACGAUUUGCCAAGUGAAAAAAGUGGCAGUACUAAUAGCGAUACUGAAAAAACUCCCAAAAAGCCUCGUGUAAGGUUCAGUAAUAUUAUGGAGAUUCGACAACUCCCAUCAAGCCAUGCAUUGGAAGCAAAGUUGUCUCGCAUGUCCUAUCCAACUGUAAAGGAGCAGGAAUCAAUAUUAAAAACUGUAGGGAAACUCACUACAACUCAAGUAGCAAAAAUCAGCUUUUUCUUUUGCUUUGUGUGGUUCUUGGCAAAUUUCUGUUAUCAAGAAGCUCUCUCAGACGCACAAGUGGCCAUAGUCAAUAUCUUAUCGUCGACCUCUGGGCUUUUUACCUUAAUCUUAGCUGCUGUGUUUCCAAGUAACAGUGGAGACCGGUUCACCCUUUCCAAACUCCUAGCAGUUGUUUUAAGCAUUGGUGGUGCAGUACUUGUUAAUCUAUCUGGGUCUGACAAAUCUGCUGGAAGAGGUACACUAGGUUCCCUUUGGUCUCUUAUAGGAGCAAUGCUAUAUGCUGUCUAUAUCGUUAUGAUAAAAAGAAAAAUAGACAGAGAAGACAAGCUCGAUAUACCAAUGUUCUUUGGUUUUGUAGGUCUGUUUAAUCUGCUUCUACUGUGGCCAGGAUUUUUCUUACUUCAUUAUACUGGAUUUGAGGCCUUUGAGUUUCCCAGUAAACUAGUAUGGAUGUGCAUUGUCAUUAAUGGCCUUAUUGGAACAGUUCUGUCAGAGUUCCUCUGGUUGUGGGGCUGCUUUCUUACCUCAUCACUGAUAGGCACCCUUGCGCUAAGCCUUACAAUACCUCUGUCUAUAAUAGCUGACAUGUGCAUCCGGAAGGCGCAGUUUUCCUGGUUAUUUUUUGCAGGGGCAAUCCCUGUAUUUUUUUCUUUUUUCAUUGCAACUCUGUUAUGCCAUUAUAACAACUGGGAUCCAGUGAUGGUGGGAAUUAGAAGGAUUUUUGCCUUCAUCUGUCGAAAGCAUCGAAUUCAGAGAACACCAGAGGAAAGUGAACAAUGUGAAAGUCUCAUCCCUAUGCAUAGUGUUUCUCAAGAGGAUGGAGAUAACUGUUGCUCAUAAACAAGAGUUUAAAGAUGGAAUGAUGAUCAGCGAAGAGACAAUCUCUGGAAAACACCUAAGGAAUCAUUUUUCAGUGCCUAUUCUGAAUUUGUAGUGUAAAUGUUUCAGUUCUUUUGAAACUCAAAACCAUUUUUUCUUCAUACGUGCUUGUUUUCAUCUGUUUUAUAAAUGAACAACUUGAUUACAUGCAUAUCACCUAUGGCCGUAGAAAAUUCUAAUCCAUUUGAACAACCAGCCUGCCUUAGAGAACUCAACUGGUGAAAUUACUUGACAUAAUCCAAGAAGUGACUGCUGUUCUGGUGACUUUUUUUUUCUUUUUCCUUAAGCUUUCUCAUUUUUGUUAAAUGCUGGACAAAAUUAUUUUUAAAAAAAUACUUUUAAAGUGAAUCAUAUAAAUCUGCAGGUUGUCAUUUCUUACAGGCUUUCAUAUGAAAAGCUAAAUGCAUAAGUUACCUGUAGUAGGUACGGAUUAACUUUUUUUUAUGUUGUGCAAACCCUAUUUGAAUAUAUAUACAAGAAAAUAGAGAAAAUAUUUUAAUUUAUUGAGUAAAUGCAUUCUUUGCAAGUUAUUGGAGCAGGAUCUUUGUAAGGUUCUCAGACACUACACGUAUUGUCUUAUCCUGUUUAAGAAUCCUUGUAACACAGUGGGUGCUCAUGUUUAAAAAUUGAUUAUGACCUAACAAACUGAAACUUUUAGUUUCAGUAUAAAAGGGUUAUCUAUCUAUCUUUACUAUAAGCAUAGUUGGUCAGGUACUUGAAGUCACUACUGCCACUGUCAGUGACAGGAUUCGGGGCUAGGUGGACCAGUGGUCUGACCCAGUAUGGCACUUAAUAUAUUCUUACCUUCCAAGUGAAAGUUCAUAGUAUAGAAUCAAUCUAUUUUUUAAAUGGUUUUAAUAGUCCAAAUUAUUUAAUAUUGAGAACUCUGAAUGAGCUUUCUAUUUCUGGAAAGCAUCCAAUAGACUUCUAAAUUUUGUAAUUACUGACUCCUCUCAACCACAGUCUGAUAAGUAAUUUAAAGUCAGAGAUACCUAAUUUAAUAAUGAAAUUAUUGUGUAAUGGCUAUUUUUUGUAUGGCUCAAGUCUUCCAACCUACUGCCACGCUGCUCUAUUUGUUGAAAUGUCAUAAAUGAAUCAAUGUUUUCAAUAGGACUGUAGAUUGUCAUUGCUGUAUUUAGAAAAGUAAAAUAGUACAACUUUGGCCAAUGGAUAUAAACCCUGGAAAGAAAUACUGAUGCUAUACAUUAAAAUUAAUAAAGUAUCUGGCCUAGAUAAGAAGCCCAUAAGCAUAUGUCCAGUUGUUGAUUGCUUCAGUUACCUGGCGUCUCCAAGCAGAAAGGAACUUGAAAUGCUAUUUUGGACUCUUAAUAGCUGACCUUCAGUAGAAUUUUGGCUGUUUGGCAAGAAAAGAAUUUUGAUUAAAAAUUGUUUUUAGGAAGCAUGACAAUUUCAGAGGAUGUGAGCUACAUACUUUCUGCAGGCUCAGACAAGCCAGUAUGUGGAAUACUAAUAGUUAUUUCCUUAAAUAAUGUUUUGAUCCUCCAUUGAGAUUUGGCUUUUAUCAAGCUAGCUUAGUUAAUGCCAACACUAAUUAUGUUCUCCAUAGCAACUAGACAGGAAGAAUUGUGGCAUCUGCAGAGAUAAGCUUGGCAAGGCUAAUUUUGCUUUCAAACAGGUGUCUUGCAGUAUUUUAGGGAGAAUACUAAUGUUUGCUUUUCAGAUUGAUUACUGACCCAGAGUAGUAUUGAACUGUAGGUAUAACAGUCAACCAGAACCCAUAUUUAACUCUACAAGAUAUAAUUGAAAAUACAGUCAAUCAUCAAAUCCCUUCGUCCCUCCUUCUCCCUCUCGCCCCCCGGACACACGCACAUCAAUAUUAAGUUGAGUAGAGAUGUACUUUGUUUUGG